AUGUCAUCAGGUGAAAGUAAAAUCGACGCUGAGAAACAAGCAGGAAAUGUUGCAGAUAUUGAGAUUAUUCCAGGCACUGUCCAAUUAGUUGAUGUCACAGGUGGAUUACAUGUUAUGAAAAAUGACUCAGGCGAUAAUGUCAUUUUAAUCCCCCAACCAACUAAAAACAUCAAUGAUCCAUUACGUUGGACAAGAAACAAGAAACAUUUUCAAUUUUUUUUGGUUUGGUUUUGGUGUUUUAUACUUGCAGCCACUUCAAAUUUCUAUGGUCCAUUAUGGGGGGUUUGGAUGGAUGAAUUAGGGUUCACCUUAAACGAAUUAACCAUUAGUAAGGCUAUUAUCUUUUUAUUUCUUGGUACUGGGAUUUUAGUUGUUCAACCUACGGCUUUAAAAUUGGGGAAAAGAUUCACAUAUUUGACAUGUACCGUUGUUGGUAUUAUUGGAUUAGCAAUUGGAUCACAAGCAACUUCAAUUGGGUCAAUUUAUUUAUUUCAAGUAUUUGCUGGUGUCUCUGCUGCUCCUGUCGAUACAUUGGCUGAAAUCACGGCUACUGAUAUUUAUUUCCAACAUGAAAGAUCUACUGCUUUUGCUUUGGUGAUUCUUGCCCUUUAUGCCGGUUGUUAUUUGGGUCCAGUUGCUGCUGGAUUUAUUGUUGAUGGAUUGGAUUGGAGAUGGUGUUACUAUGUUCAAAUUAUUAUCUACGUUAUCAUGUUUUUCUUUUUAUUAUUCACAAUGGAAAACACUUCAUUUAGACGUGACAAUCUUAAAGAAGAGGAAUUUGAAGAAGAAGUCAUCAAAGCUGUAAAAUCGAAGGAAUUAAAUAUUACCACCCUGAUUGCCGAAGUCACUGAAGCAUUUGGUGACGACAGUGAUACAAAUUCAAUUGAUGAAUCAAUCCCUAUGAACACUUAUAAACAACGUAUGAAAUUCAUUGAUACUGAUACUAAUGAUGAAAGGUCUUGGUUCUUGAUCUUCUAUAGACCAUUCUUGUUAUUUUCUUAUCCUGCGGUAGUUUGGGGUGGGGUCGUCUAUGGAGCCCAAAUGAUGUGGUUAUCAUUAAUUGGUGCCACCCAGGCUAUAAUCUAUGGUGCAGAACCUUAUAAUUUCUCAGCAAAUGGAGUCGGUUUAACUACCUUGGGAGCAUUUGGUGGAAGUGUCAUUGGAAUGGUUGUUGGAGGUUAUGCUGUCGAUUAUACUUCAAUUUGGUUGGCAAGAAGGAACCAUGGUGUUAUGGAACCUGAAUUCAGAUUAUAUGCAAUGGUAAUCGCCACAGUUACCAAUGCCGGUGGAUUGUUGGCAUAUGGAUUAGGUUCAGAUGAGAAAGCUCAUUGGUGGAUUUCUGUUGUUCUUGGACAAGGACUUUUGGGUGUUGCCAUGGGCGCUUCUGGUGCUAUUUGUUUAACUUAUGCCGUUGAUUGUUAUCAUAAUCUUGCUAGUGAAUGUAUUGUUUUUAUUCUUUUUGUCAGAAAUAUGAUUGGUAUGAUUUUCUGUUUUGUAUUUGAAUCUUGGUUAAACGGUUCUGGUCUUAAAAUUACCACUUGGACUAUGUUUGUAUUAUCAAUUGUCAUUAAUGGCAGUUUCAUUAUUUUCAUCAAAUGGGGUAAGACCUUCCGUAAGAUGACUAUGGCAUCGUAUCAUAAGUAUUCUGAUCCAACAUAUGGUGAAGUAUUUAAGAAGAAGCCUUAA